CUGUUGUAUGUCUGCAGUGUCUGGUCAUCUCCUGUACUGUGUCCACAGUCUCUGGUCAUCUCCUGUACUGUGUCAGCAGUCUCUGGUCAUCCCCUUCACUGUCUGCAGUCUCUGGUCAUUCCCUGCACUGUCCGCAGUCUCUGGUCAUCCCUGUACUGUCCGCAGUCUCUGGUCAUCUCCUGCACUGUGUCCGCAGUCUCUGGUCAUCUCCUGUACUGUGUCCGCAGUCUCUGGUCAUCUCCUGUACUGUGUCCGCAGUCUCUGGUCAUCUCCUGUACUGUUUCUGCAGUCUCUGGUCAUCUCCUGUGCUAUGUCCGCAGUC